AUGUUUUUACUUAUUUCAGUGCUCAUUGGCAUACAGGGGCUUUGCUCCUGGGCUGCCUCUCCUCCUGCCAGAAAAGUGCCGAGUGCAUUGCUGUCCCCCACCUGUGAUGACACUGCAGUAGAGGAGGCUGCAGAUCUGGCUCUUCACCAGAUCAAUGCUGACCGAAGAGAGGGCUACAUCCUCCGCCUCUACCGGGUCUUCAGCGUCCGAGAACAUCCCCAGGAGAUCACUGGUUCUGUCUUCUACCUCGUCUUGGAUGUAGUAGAUACCGAAUGCCAUGUACUCAGCAAAAAGUUGUGGAAGAACUGCACAGCCAGACCUGCUCAUAAAACUGUUUAUGGUCAAUGUAAAGCAAUUAUCUACAUUAAUCAGUCAAGAAAAAUUGCUCAUCUGAAUACUUAUGAGUGUGUGCUUCAGCCAGUUCCACCCAGAUAUAUUUGGGCAGUAUGUCCUGACUGCCCAGUUGAUGACUGUCCAACUGAGCCCAAAUAUUUGGAGGCUGCUGUUCAAAGCCUUGGCAAGUUCAAUGGAGAGAGUGAACAAACUCAUUAUUUCUCUGUCCUCAAUGUCACAAGAGCUUCAAUGCAGUGGGUCAUCGGUCCAGCAUAUUUUGUAGAGUUUGUAAUUCAGGAGACAUCCUGCUCCAAAAGUGACUCGAUUGCUGACAUCUCCAAGUGCAAGCCUCUUUCAUCUGAAUUAGCUAAAAUGGGUUUCUGCAAAGCCUCUGUAGUAAACAGUGACUUGGAAGACAAAAAAUCUGUCACAAUAUCUUGUGAAAUCUACAGUCCUCAGGAUCCUGUCACUGAAGAAGAAAACCAACAAACUAACCAGCGACCUGGAGAAUCCAGCCAGAAUCAACAACUAGCUUCCCCUUCAGAAACCAAUCCUUUCUCCUUACAUCUAGAAAAAACAGUGGGCUGGGUUAAAAUUCUCCCUCCUUCAACUGAAGACAUCUCUCCCCAUAACCUACCUGAAAGUCGAAACGAACAUGAAAAUAGAAAGCCAGUUCCACCUAUGGCUGUAGGAUCUACAUCCAGUCUGCCAGCCCCUGACGGAGAAAAGACUCAAGGAGACAAACCAGACUUGACGAAACCAGUCACUGCACCAAUUAUUCUCCCCUUCCCUGAAGAACUUUCUCUCUCAGAAUCAUGCCCAGGAGAAGCAAAGGAGAUAAAUUCCAUCCUACAUCCUUUGCUGACUAGAAAGCCUGCCAAGGUCUAG